UCUUCAUCCAGAACAAACUAAACCACUACUCAACACCAUGUCCGCUUACGGAGCAAUCAAGGCGCCCCAGGGCUCUGGCGGCCCCCUCCCCGUGCUGUCCUACAAGCUUCCCGGCGACCUUGUCCUCACCACACACCCCGUGCAGGGCGCCGACGCUCCACAAGAGCUCAUCGACUACCUGUUUGACAUCUUCAACAAGGAGAUUGAGGAGGGCAAGACGUACCCGCAAGAGGACCAGAUGACGAGGGAGCAGUUUGUCGCCUACUUCUUCAACUCCACGACGAUCGUGGCCAUCGUCUCGCCCGCUUCGGUCGACGUCGCAUCGUUGAAGACUCUGGAGGAUGCGCGCGCUGGACGAUCAUGGGAGGAGGUUGUCGGUGGUGUCUACUACAUCAAGCCGAACUACCCAGGACGGAGCAGCCACAACUGCAACGCUGGCUUCAUUGUCCCCCCCUCCCAGCGCGGACGAAAGGUCGGAUACGGGCUAGCGGAGAGCUUCCUCGUGUACGCCCCCAAGCUGGGUUACAAGUCGUCGGUCUUCAACCUCGUCUACAGCAACAACGUUGCAUCCCUCAAGCUGUGGGACAAGCUGGGCUUCUCGCGUGUCGGCCUCAUCCCCAAGGCUGGCCGCCUCAGGACGGGCCCGAACGGCGCCGAGGAGUACGUCGACGCCGUGGUCGUCUACAAGAGCUUCGAGUAGGCUACAAUACUACUAUACUAGACGGCCGUCUUGAGCUCCGUAUCCCGCAGAGAGGAGGGCGCGGGCCCAGUCUCAAUAGGCACAAAGAUGUUAUCCUGGUAGAACUGCAGCUCGCGGAUGCUGGCGCGGAUGUCAUCGAGCGCGCGGUGCGACGACUCGGCCGCGCGGCUCUCCUUCUCCUUGCGCACGAGGGCGGGGUACCAUCUCCGAGCGAUUUCCUUGACGGACGACACGUCGACGAUGCGGUACGACAGGUGCGCCAUGACGGCUGGCAUGCCGACGAGCAGAAAGCGCAUGUCGGCGUGCACCGAGC